AUGGUGGUGGUCGACGACACCCCCUUUAUGCUUGUAAAACAGGGCCUGUACGAAAAGGCUAAGGAUGUAUUGGAGUUGCUUCAGGGUCCCGACAAGGUGGAAUCAUCAUUUCAAGAAAUUAUGGAAGAUGUAGCCUCUGAGGAAUCGGGUGCACAGAAGAUGGGUCUUUGGGAGGCGUUGUCAUACCCGGACUCACGACGAGCCUUGUUGGUGGUUUUCGCCAUCGCAAUAUUACGUCAACUGUGCGGUAUUUAUGUUUUCACCCUCAGCGCGUCGGAAAUGUUUGGAAUGAUAGUAGGUCCGGGAUUCAGAGCCACUGCGCUGGGAAACUUGUGUCCACUAACAAAUUUUAUCGUGUGUUGCCUCUUGCCCCUGUAUAUCGACAAAUUUGGACGGCGCAAUUUGCUCAUAUAUGGCAGCGGUAUAGGUACAAGUGUACUCGCCGUAUGUUUGCUGCUGAAGGAAGUCUGCAAAGACGAAAAUAGUAAAGGAAAAAACCACAAAUGCGGAGACCAAGGAACCAGUGGCGUAAGCAACGGCGGGGGCGGCAAUAAAACACAUUGGACUCAAUACGUGAUGAUUUUUGGAUGUAUGGUGUUCGUUGCAGCUUUUGCUACGGGGUACGGAGGUGUGGCAUGGUUAUAUUUCUCGGAGGCAUUAGGUGCGGAAUACAGGGAUGCUGGUUUUGCAGUGGCAAGUGCCCUCAACUGGCUUGCAGCUGCCUUGAUCGUGAUGACGGCAGACACUCUGAGAAACAAAUUGUCAGACAAAGUAUACUGGGUUUAUGUAUUUUUUUCCUUCCUUUCAUUCCUUUUCGCGGUAUUUUUUGUGCGGGAAACAAAAGGCGUUCCGUUGGGAACGGCAUACAUAGGUGGAGGUUCGCCAUGGUCGAUGCGUGGCGCACCGGCACCCGAUCCGUACGAUUGGCCGCAUGUUAUUGACUCGUGA